AUGUCUGGAUCGACACCUUACGCGGUUCGUUCGCCAACUCAGUCGAACCAAUACCCACCACCUUAUUCACCAACUCACCCGAAUCGCCCAUUUUUUGGCCAUGAACCAUUUCAGAUACCGCCUCAACACCUCAUCCAGACUCCACCUCCAUUCCCUCCCGCGUCUCUGGUACACAGCCCGCAUCACACCCGGCCCACGCUGGCAUCACCGUUGCCCCCAGCAAGCGCUCUCCCACCGCCGCCACCACCUCCUGCUCUUCCUCCCCCGAUAGGCGCCGGACCACAGCAGUAUCAGCCUCUGACAUCGAGUCCGCCGUUUACGCUGCAAAGAACGUACUCUGGACAUCUGGUUCACCCAGGCAUGCCAUCGCCAUACGAUGUCAAUCCGUCACAUGCGCAUCCACCUGGGCCUCAAAACCCAGCGUUGCAAUCACCGAUGAGGGAUCACCAUAGCCUCACGAAUGGAAGACCUGGAGACAUGUCUUCGUCGGAGUCGCGCCCGCAAUCGAAAGACAAACCUGACAGAGCGAGCAACCCAAUGUCUUUUGCCAGCAUUCUUGGUCCCUCAAACAACGAGCCCUCUCCUAAGAUCACGGAAGCAAAAUUGCCCCCUGCGCGACCCGCCACGCCGCCACCGCCGGUGCUGCCAAAGCAUAUUAUAGAAAGCAAGCCUGUGCCUGAAAGGUCACCUGUGCCGAAAGUCCCAGAGAUGAGUGCAAUUCAGCCGUUCACGAACGGCCACACCAAAUCACAAACCAAAGCAGACGCAGGGCAUGCUCCCAAGAAAUAUCUUGCGCCACCGCGACCACGGAAGAUACUCACUGAAGGGGAGGCCGACAAGAUACUGAAGGCUCUUGCCAUCAUUGACGAGACCAGUUUUAGUGAUGCCGAAGAUGCGUCUUGGUCCGAACACAAGGAACGGUACAGGCAGAGAAUCAGGAAAAGAGCGGCAGAUGUCUAUGAAGGUGAACUGCACAAGCGCAAGCGCCGCCGCGGCUUUGCGCUGGACUCUUUCAUUCGAUCCAUGGACAAACAAGCCCUCAUUGCCGCCCAACGCUUCCGUGAACGUUUCGAACCUAUCGCCGCCAAAGAAAUCGCGGACAAGGAUCACCAAAGUGAAAAGGAAAGAAAGAAAGACAUGCAGCGGAAGCGCCGUCGUGAGCAACAGAUUCGUAACGAGAAGGAGAGGCUGGAAGAGCUCGUACAGCGCGCGAAAGAUGCCGAAGAUCAAGAAGAGGCACAGAAGUAUCGGAGGCAAGCAGAGAAAUCCCAGGCCCGCAUCAAACAAACCACAGAACUGCUCGAGGGUGUCCCUCCUCAAGAGGACAUGGAAGUACCGGCACCAGCACCCAACUACGAGGGUGGCGUCACAUCAUCCUUCCAGCUGGCCACGCCCGAACCCAGUGAACCCCCCAAGAAGCGCAGCAAGAAGGAUCCUGGUGCUCCCUCCGCUCGUUUAAAGAAGUCCAAGGAGAAGAAACAAGCCGAGAAAGAUGCCGCGGAGGCUGCUUAUGCGGCAAUGGAAAAAGAUGCUCUCAUCCAGAUUGCACCCAAGGAAGAAUCAACCCCGGCUCCAACAGGCAAGUCCAAAAAAUCCAAAGCUGUAGUUCAACAAGAGGCCCCUGCUAGUCCUCCACCACAGACAGUCAACUACGAGUCGAAAGGUUACGUUCAGAUUUACGAGCAAAUCUGGAGGGAUCUGGCCAGAAAAGAUAUACCCAAAGUGUAUCGGAUCAAACAAGUAUCUCUCGCCACGAGAUCAGAAAAUCUCCGCAAAACCGCAAUCCUCGCCAGUAAACAAGCGCGGAAAUGGCAGGAGCGGACCAACAAGAGCAUGAAGGACACCCAGGCACGGGCGAAACGUGUUAUGCGGGAGAUGAUGUCUUUCUGGAAACGGAAUGAGCGAGAAGAGCGAGACCUACGUCGUCUGGCCGAGAGGAAGGAGAUUGAAGACGCAAAGAAGGCUGAAGCAGAUCGCGAGGCCAACCGACAGAAGCGGAAACUCAACUUCCUCAUCUCGCAGACCGAAAUCUACUCGCACUUCAUCGGGCGCAAGAUCAAGACAGACGAAGUCGAGAGAGCCACAGACGAUGCCGAAGUUGCCUCAGCCCAAGCGAAGAGCAAGCCCGCUGCAGAUCACGACCGAAGCAUGGACGACCUGUCGCUGUCCCAGGAACACGGAGAUCAUAAAGUCACAAAUUUCGAAGACUUGGAUUUCGACGCCGAGGACGAGUCGGAGUUGAGACGGGCAGCGGCGGCCAACGCUGCAAGCGCACUGCAGGAUGCGCAGGACAAAGCCCGCAACUUCAACGCACAAGAUUAA